AUGGCGCACUCGGCUACCUCAACCACUGUGCCGGUCUUACUGCUCAAGACCAAGUCGACGCCCGGCGAUUCCUAUGAAGAGCUAUUCUCCCAAAACCACAAUGGACCUAAUUUCGAGCCUACGUUCGUCCCGGUUCUGCAUCAUAGUUUCCAGGAGCCAGGAAUGACGGUGGCAAGAGACGUCCUGCACCGCCGCGCCAUAAGCACCGACGCGGACGCCUCAUACGGUGGCCUCAUCUUCACCUCGCAGAGGGCAGUGGAGGCCUUCGCCCAGUUGGUCGACGAAAAGAAAGGUGCUGAAGGGGGAUGGCCUCAUCUACAGAACGUGCCUGUCUACAGCGUAGGCCCGGCCACGACACGAGCCCUCAAGGCCGUGUCUCAGGAGCCUGCGCUGCAGAUUUUUGGGGAGCAUACCGGCAACGGCGAUGCCCUCGCCAAAUUCAUUCUGGAGCAUUAUGGCCAAUGGUACCAACAUAGGUCGGUCAAACCGCCUGUGUUGUUCCUCGUCGGCGAGCAGAGGAGAGACAUCAUCCCAAAGACUUUAAUGAACGCAGGCCUGGCUAGUGAUAGAAGGAUCCAAGUCGACGAGGUCGUUGUCUACGGAACGGGCGUCAUGGAGUCAUUUCCGCAAGAUUUCGACGAUAUCUUAAAAGCUACCCAGGAGCGGCCAACGCGGUGGGUGGUUGUCUUCUCCCCAACAGGCUGCGACGGAAUGCUGCGUGGGCUGGGCAUGUUGGACGAGGCGACAGGAAAGGUAAACAAGGACAACCAAGCAAAGCGAACGACCUUCAUUGCAACAAUUGGACCGACUACGCGCGACUACCUCAAGAGGACGUUCGACUUCGACCCUGACGUCUGUGCAGAGGAACCGAGUCCUGAAGGCGUCAAGCAAGGCAUUUUACAGUUUAUGGAGAUUCACAAUUGA